UUGUGACUGAGCGAAGUGCAAAGGCUCACGUGGGCCUGUUUCACGUUCACGCCUCCCGAUGAAUGUUUAAAACUGGCGUGACAAGUAGUUAAAGUCAUUGUUGACGAGCCUCCUGAAGUGGAUGUUUUUGAGAACGGUGCAGGAGACUAGACCAGACUGACAGCAACACAAGCUUUGGCAGUCUUCCGAUUUAUAUCAUCAGCUGCGUUACUCCGUCGAUUUGUCACAAUGAAGGCAACAGUGCUUGCUGUAGUGUGUGUUGUAUGCUUGAACAGCGUCCAGACAGGCGCACUGUCACCGUACGGUAAUGUCGGCCCGAGGAUUUCGCAGCUUCACAAAAGACGACUGUGGAACAGUGUCGAUGUCGCUGAUCUUCACAAGUAUAACCUUGACAAUGACCCUCAGGCCCGUCAUGGGUACCUGACUCAGCCCAUGGACCACUUUGACCCUCUGGUCGACAAGCACUUCAACCAGCUUUACUGGAUCGUUGACAAAUACUGGAAGUCACCCAGCCAUCCUGUCUUCUUGUACGAAGGGGAAGAAGCACCCUUGUCACUGGACGAGGUAGCAAAUGGUCACCACGCUGAGAUGGCUAAAGCUCACGGCGCCCUUAUCCUUGGGCUUGAGCACCGUUUCUAUGGUAAUAGCACCACUAAGGAAGGACUGUUACUGAGCGAAUUACAAUAUCUCUCAAGCCAGCAACAACUCGCCGAUUUGUCAGUGUUUUGCGUCUUCGCCGAGAAGAUGUUGGGCAUGUCUGGUGACAACACAUGGAUUGUGUUUGGAGGAUCGUAUGCAGGCGCUUUGUCCGCUUGGUUUCGACUCAAGUACCCGCACUUGGUGUAUGGCUCUGUUGCGUCGUCUGCUCCAGUGCGCGCCCAGGCCAACUUCGAGGGGUACAAUGACGUGGUAGCCGCCAGCUUUGCAGACCCAAUUGUCUUUGGUUCUGCACAGUGCGUGGUUAGCAUCAAACAGGCCUUUGCAAAAGUUGAGCAAAUGUGGAAGGCUGGCCAACUUGCUCAGAUCCAAAAAGAUUUCAACACUUGCCAGGACUUGACGGAACCAAACGACUUCAAGACUUUCGCUAGUAAUCUCCAAGGGGAAUUCAUGAGUGCCGCACAAUACAAUCGAGUGGAAGGAAAUUCGUCAACCAUCGGCGAUUUGUGUAAAAAAAUGAUGGUUCCAGACCCCUAUCAAGCUCUGGUCAAUAUCUUCAAGUCCAGCAAUUGUAGUGAUGUGUCCUUUAAAGAUUUUCUCAAGCAACUGCAAAACACCACCUUUAAUUAUGGUUCGAUGGCUCGACAGUGGUUUUAUCAGACCUGCACCCAGUUUGGAUAUUAUCAGACUUGUGACAAGAACUCAACAUGCAUGUUCCUGCCCCAAGUCGAUUUGGACUACUACUUCGCCUGGUGCAAGGGGAUUUACAACAUCCCAGCUGCCGACGUGGUGGAACAGGUGAACUUCACGAACGCUUACUACGGAGCAGACCAUCCCAGGGGAUCCAGGGUGGUCUUCGUUGACGGUACCAUUGAUCCGUGGCACGCCUUGAGCGUCUUAACAAAUCUGCCAGAGGACCUUAAGUCCAUUUUCAUGAAGGGUACAUCUCAUUGUGCAGACAUGGCGCCUUAUAACCCUGACGACACCCCCGCAUUGAAGGCGGGCAGACUGGCCAUUGAAAAGGUGGUCAGCGACUGGCUGAUGCAGGCAGAAAUGGAAAAGAAACAAAAGUAAAGGCUGGCUGAUCAAAGGGAUAACAAAACAGCGAAUUUUCAAUUUAUUUGGGGUAUAUAGCGCUGGGAAAUUGCAAGGAACAGAUGUCCUCAUAUGUUGUACCUCAAAAUUUUCCUGGAUUUGCUCGUUAAGGUGAUUAAUGCAGUUAUUCAUUUGUGCUUUUCACGAAUAUCUGUAAAUAUUCCUCCGAUUUUGCCUGCUUUUUAGGCGAUUUUGUUAAUUAACAUUUUCAAUCCAUCGUGUUAAGGGUACAAACGUUAUACUGUUCAGUGACUUUGGCCCUGAAUACCAUACCGGUAACAAUUCUCUCUAUCACAGGCUCGUUUCCCAGCGAUAUCACGCAAAUGUCUAAAAUUAACAGCAGUUAACCCCUGCUUUGACAGGAAGGACUGAGGAAAAACGGAGGGACUGGGUCAGACAGAGAAAAGAGUUCAAGAGGGGGAAAGAAAAGAGAAAAAAAGAUUGAUCAAAGAUGUGCCUUUUUCCAGUAACAUUAAAAUUAUGUGACAAUUCUAUUGAAAGUAUUGAGGUACACUUCUUAUAUGUACAAUAAAUUACUUAUUAACAUAAAACAGAAUUAUUCUUACAGUUUGUGGCCUCUAAGGUUGUUCGCAGUCAGGCACCAGUCCAAAAGUCACUGACAGUCCGCUCAGAGUGAGAAACGAUGUUCAGAAAACAAGCAAAACUAAACUAACACGCUGUGAUCAAGAGAGACUUAGCAAGGAUAGGUAUUUGUGUUUUUUCGCGUCCCUGAUGAAAUGUGUUCCAUGCUAAAGCAUUGCUACUUGCCUGACAAAAACAUAAAUAUGCAGCACCUAAAGUGACAGGGCUAAUCGCAUACGUUUAACGACAGGUAGCUACUGUUAUAUGUAAUAGGGACGGGGACCAGUCCAGGCCUGACCAUGGAGGAAGGGCACAGGAGGAAUAUGAAUUGCCCGGGCUAUAACAUCUGGCCAGUUAACGCUUUCUGGCAUGCCUGGUAUGUCCAUAGCCAGAGCCUAGCGCAUGCUUGCUACACACCAC